AUGGAACAUCAAGAAAGCAAUGUGUUAUUAGGUUUGUCCUCCCAGGAUGGAUACAGCAAGGGGUUUUUCAUGCUCGUCUGCAUGGUUUUGUCAUGGAUAAUAGUCCAUAGAUGGAGCCAGAAGAACCAAAAAGGACCCAAAACAUGGCCUCUAGUGGGAGCUGCAAUUGAACAGUUGAUGAACUAUGACAGGAUGCACGAUUGGCUUGUCAAGUACCUCUCCGAAUCAAACUCCGUCGUCGUCCCAAUGCCAUUCACAACCUAUACUUACAUUGCAGAUCCUGCAAAUGUUGAACAUGUCCUUAAGACCAACUUUGCCAAUUACCCAAAGGGUGAAGUGUAUCAUUCGUACAUGGAAGUCCUGCUUGGAGAUGGGAUCUUUAAUGCGGAUGGAGAGCUUUGGAGGAAACAGAGAAAGACUGCAAGCUUUGAAUUUGCAUCCAAGAAUUUGAGGGAUUUCAGCACUGUAGUCUUCAGAGAUUACAGCCUCAAACUCCAUGCCAUUCUGAGUCAAGCAUUUGAAGGCCAACAAGUAGACAUGCAGGAAUUGCUGAUGAGGAUGACUUUGGACUCCAUAUGUAAGGUGGGAUUUGGUGUAGAAAUUGGAACUCUGGCUCCCAAUCUACCAGAUAAUCACUUUGCCAAGGCCUUUGACACUGCAAACAUUAUUGUGACACUUCGGUUCAUUGAUCCAUUGUGGAGAAUAAAGAGAUAUUUAAAUGUGGGAUCAGAAGCUUUACUUGACAAAAGCAUUAAAAUCAUUGAUGAUUUUACGUACUCUGUUAUUCGAAGAAGGAAAGCAGAGAUCAAGGAAGCUGGCCAGAAUAGCGAAAAUAACAAGAUGAAGCAUGAUUUACUGUCAAGAUUCAUUGAGUUAGGCGAAGACCCAGAAAGCAAGUUAACUGACAAAAGCCUCAGAGAUGUUGUCCUCAACUUUGUAAUAGCUGGCCGGGACACUACAGCAACUACUCUCUCCUGGGCCAUUUACAUGAUAAUGUCCCAUUCCCAUGUAGCUGAAAAGCUAUAUUCGGAGCUCAAAACCUUGGAAGAAGAUCGAGCAAGAGAAGAGAAGGUUUCGUUGGUCCAGUAUGACACAGAGGACCUUGAAUCAUUCAAUCAAAGAGUAACACAAUUUGCAGGACUUUUGAAUUAUGAUUCACUGGGGAGGCUGUAUUAUCUACACGCAGUUAUCACCGAGACACUUCGUUUGUACCCUGCAGUCCCUCAGGACCCCAAAGGAAUCUUGGAGGAUGAUGUUCUACCAGAUGGAACUAAAGUCAAAGCAGGAGGGAUGGUGACUUAUGUUCCCUACUCAAUGGGUAGAAUGGAGUACAAUUGGGGACCUGAUGCAGCUUCAUUCAAGCCUGACAGAUGGCUGAAAGAUGGUUUCUUCCAAAAUGCGUCGCCGUUUAAGUUCACCGCAUUCCAGGCAGGGCCAAGAAUAUGCCUAGGGAAGGACUCUGCAUACCUCCAAAUGAAGAUGGCACUGGCCAUUCUGUGCAGAUUUUACAAAUUCACUUUGGUCCCUGGUCAUCCAGUUGAGUACCGGAUGAUGACAAUUCUAUCAAUGGCGCAUGGCUUGAAGCUUACCGUAGCCAGACGUUAA